GGAAACCCCCCCAAUUCAUCAGAGGUCCACCCAUGGCGUCCAUAAAAGAAGAGGGCAAGACGCUUCUGUGUGCAGCCUUCGACUCUCCUGAAGAGCGAAUCUGUUCAGAUCCUUGGACCGAAAGAGAAGAUAAGUUCGAGUGACUUCAUCAUGGUUUCCUUCGCCAAUCUCAUCCUCGUCCUCUCUUUGGCUUCAAGUGCUGUCUUCUGCCUUCCUUCGGGUGAGAGAAACAGCACAUCAGGGGAGGAUGAUGAAAACGAAAUUGAUAGCUACGAGGAGGAGACUGAGGCAACCCAGGGGGCCACGGAAUACAUCGAGGCUGCAAACGCCGGACUGGCGCGUCUGAGGAGCGGACCACGCAUCACACAUGGAGACAUCGCCCAGACGAGCGGCCUGACGUCCACUCGGAACGCCGCUCCCUGCACGGCCAAAGGCUGCACCUGGCCAAAGAGCUCCAGAGGCUAUGUCUACGUGCCUAUUCAAAUCUCCAGAAGAUACAGCAGUGAGGAGCGAACUGUGCUCAUUCAGAGCCUGGUGGAGUUCCACUCAGUCUCCUGUAUUCGCUUCGUCUGGAGGCGUGGGCAUCGGGACUAUCUCAGCAUCUAUCCUUCCACCGGGUGCUGGUCCUAUGUAGGUCGCCAGGGAAGACGUCAAAUGAUCUCCAUCCAGCAGCGCGGGUGCGUUCACCCCGAGGUGAUCCAGCAUGAGAUCCUGCACGCCCUGGGCUUCCACCACGAGCAGGCGCGCUCCGACAGAGACGACCACGUCCAAAUCCAGACCAAGAACGUUAACCCAGAAAACCUGCACAACUUCGAUAAGGUGGACACCAACAACCUGGGCACCCCGUACGACUACAGCUCCAUCAUGCACUACGGCAGAUACGCGUUCUCCAAGCAGUACGGAGUUCUGCCCACCAUCGUCCCCACCCCCGACUCCACGGCAGUCAUCGGACAAGCCACCGAGAUGAGUGGCAACGACAUCGAACGGCUCAAUCAACUCUACCAGUGCAGUGACUAGUGAGUUGAAGACAGGAUACAAUGCUCUGAUGGACGAUGCACUUGCUUACACCCUCUCCUUUACUUUUAAAAGCUAAUGGGAUCAACAGGUUUUUCCAAGGGCUGGGACUAUAGCAUUGGUCUUCCCUCCCUUCUGUUAUUCCCUUUACUAAAUCCAGCGCAGAUGGAUCCCACUAAUUGUCCUUGGAAGACUUCCAUCUUGUAUUCUAAUGGGAAAUAAUUCAUGGGUUUUUUUACGGGCUUGCUUUGUUUGGAAUGACUUCUUAGGGAUGACAUUGAGGUUCCCCCCUUCCCCCACCCCCCUUUACUGUCUUAAGACUUAAUUAAUAAAUGCUGAUAAAAAAAAUAAACCUGGCUUGCAAGAUCAACA